AUGCGUUGCCAGUACAUAGUGAGUUUGAUCUGUUUCUUCGAACUGUGGCAACCAGCAACGACGGCCACAACUAAUUACCAGCAGAGCCUUGACUAUGACAGAAACGUAAAACCAGGAACGCUAACAGAUGUGUCCGUAUCGCUGUACAUUAACCGUAUAUCAGGCGUGGAUGAAAACAAGGAAGAAAUAUCCUUCGAUGUCUUCCUGCAAAUCACCUGGGAGGAUCUGCGCGUGCAGCCGGUCAUGGCGAGUAUGGUCGGUGAAUACGUAGAGCUAACGAAGGCCGACCGAGACAUGAUAUGGGUUCCGGAUCUGUAUAUCAGGCAGCUGCGGGAGAUGAAGAUGUUGACGUUAUUCGAGGAAAUAUCCAGUCUACGGUUAUAUGAAAACAGUACCAUCAGCUUAAGUAUAGGGGCAACCAUUAUUAUCAAGUGCGACAUGGACUUUGUACUUUAUCCAUUGGACGUGCAAAGAUGUCCGGUCGACUUCAGCAGCUACAAAUAUCCCGUGAAAGAUCUACGGUUUCGAUGGAGAUCAGAAAAUGCCCUGUCCUUCCCAAACGACUUUGGAGAUGGAUUUUUCCGGCUUCCAAAAUAUGUGGUUUCAUUCUACACUGAAAAAGAAUCACAAAUAGUCAAUUACAGCGAUGAUAAUCAUAGUUCCGCAAGAUUGGAGAUCACCUUGUCGCGCGAGGUGAAAAGUUAUCUGCUAGAGAACUAUCUUCCAUCCACAUUAUUCGUUUCCAUCUCCUGGGGAUCGUUCGUGGUCGUUCCAGAAAUCGUCCCGGGACGCAUGGUGCUGCUUGUAACAACGCUACUUUCAUUGAUCACUAUGUUCGAUACCGUUAGGAAUAACUCACCGGAUGCGUUGGAGCUCAAGUGCCUUGAGGUGUGGCUCAUAUCCUGUACGCUGUUUGUGUUCUUCGCACUAAUGGAGUACUUCAUCGUGCUCUUCGGCAUACGAUACGACAAGCACUGGCGCGUUGCAAAGGCACAACACGCCUCAUCUGUUCCUCCAUCCAUCACUUUACAGUCCGCGGUAACGAUGGCACAAAGCACACUGGACACUUCCAUAAACUCGGUUUCGUUUCAGCGUGAAAAUGGUCUCGAACAUUCCACGCUUAAGAUGGCUGGAAGUAACAAAAUACAGCCACAGGAGCACAGCAAGCCUUCGUCUGCUUCUCUAAGCAAUAUUCAGGACACGGUACAAAAUGCGCAGAAGGUGUCGUCCGUCAUGACGAGAAAAAGGUUUCGCAAUGUCGCUGAUGUGGCACUAAUGUACGCCGGUUCGCAACGAGGCCGAUUGGAUCAGCUAUCGCUAAUUAUUUUCCCUGUUAGCUUCCUAAUAUUUACCAUUUCCUAUUGGACUAUGUAUUUAACUGAAUCGAAAAAGAAUUUCAAAUAG